AUGUGCAUAAACAAUACACAAGCCAAAAAAAGGAAAAUCGUCAAAAAUUUGAUUAAUAUCCCUGUAAAAACAGGCCAAAACAAAAAUAAGGGCAUGGUCGUUCUUGAACCCGUGUUUUUAAAAAAUGUUGUUCUUUAUCUGGAUACUUUAAAUGAUGUUUACUACUUCAUGUUUAUAAAUAAAUCUUGUUUAUCUGUGGUUCAGACGAUGUACAUAAACACUUACAAUGCUUCUUUGAAUUCUUAUGUUGACACGAUUCUUAAAAUUUUUCCAAACUUACAAACACUGUACUUUUCUGCUGUAACUCGUCUGAUACAAAAAUCGAGUGGGUCUAUUCCGUUGAUCGAAGUGAAUCCAAAAAACACAAACUUUUUUUUAGAACGGACUUUGAAGACGAAAUGGUUUCCUUCCAAAGUCAGGAAACUCAAAAUUAAUUCCAAAGAAAUUGAGGUGCUUGAAAAGAACAUCGACAAAUUCGAACAACUUCAAUUCCUGAAAAUUGGGUAUUCUUUACAGAAAAGUGAAAUUAAAUCAAUACUAAAUAUUAUUGGGAAGAGUACAUUAAAAAAAGUUUAUAUAACAACUGACGUUGUUUCAUUCAAAAAUUUUAAAAAUUUUGAUUUUGAAAAACACGAAUUUACAACGUACGUUUUUGUUAUUACUUAUUCGCCUUAUUUAUCAGAAAUUCCCGACUAUGAUAUACUCAGACACUUACCACAAAAUGUCCACAUAUUUGUCAAUUUUAUUUCAAAAGAGACAGAAAGUCUCCCAUAUAUCACACAGGAGUACAUGAAUUAUUCAUUUGGUGAUAAUGUAAGUUCUGAAUUCGUUUAUGUUCUUUCUGAUUUUGGGGGUGGUGCGAACGAACUAGAAAACAUCAUGUCAAAGUGUCUGCAAACCAAAUUAGAAAUUAGUAAUCCUUGGAUCCAAGAAUAUGGCUUUAUGGUCAAACAAACAAUUGAAGUUCCCGAUAUCUGCUUUGAUUUGUCAAAUAGCGAAUUGAUACAAGAAAUUACACUGAAAAACGUGAAUGCUAAACACGUUGUUCUUCCUAUAAGAGUCAAAAAGAUCGCAAUAGAAAAUGUCGAAGGAGAAAUAGUGAUGGAGAAAUGCACACCACAUGCUAUUCGAGUUUGUGGGUAUACUGGGAAACAACUUGUUUUAAAUGAUGAAAAAUUGAGUGUUGUGGAAUAUAGAGACGUACUAAACGGUGUCAAUUUUAUUCACAACAACACGUUAUAUAGUGGCAAAUACAUCAUCGACUUGGAUAAAAUUAAGAGCAUUGAUAUUGAUAGAUUACCAACUGUAAAAUGCGUCGUUUUUAUAAAGAACAAUAAAACACUUUUUGAAGGAAAUCUGUCGGCUGUACAUUUCAGAGAAGACUCUCUUAGUAUCGAAAACCUUGCAAAUGACAUCGACAUUACAGAGUUCGGUGUUAACUCCUUUAGUGUUUUUAAAACUUCAAAUACACCAAAUAUGGUAUUGGGAAAUGUCUGUUUUCUUAAUAUUAUGAAAGGAGAGUUUAAUUCAAUUUAUAUUGGUGACUGUCAAACAAUUACUUUAAGACAGACGAAUAUUAAAAAACUUGAUAUUAAUGUAUGUAAUACUUUCACUUACAAAAGCUCUAAAAUCACAACCGUGAAGGGUAAGAAAAUCGAGUCUAUUAAUGGCACAAAAAAGGCGAUUAAAAAUUGGGAAAUUGAGAAUUCAAGUGGAAUUAACAACUUAAAGGAAGUGAAUAAUUAA